UCAGUACUUAAAUGGGGCCUGUAAGAAAGAUGGGGACAGACACUUAGUAGAGCCUGUUGUGAUAGGACAAGAAGUAAUGGUUUAAACUAAAUUUGAGGAAGACAUUUUUUACGAUGAGGGUGGUGAAACACUGGCACAGGUUGCCCAGAGAGGUAGUGGAUGCUCUGUCUCUGGAUAUAUUCAAGGUCAGGUUGGACAGGGCUUUGAGCAACCUGGUCUGGUUGAAGAUGUCCCUGCUUAUUGCAGGGGGGUUGAACUAGAUGGCCUUUAAAGAUCCCUUCCAACCGAAACUAUUCUAUGAUUUCUGCUGAUUGGAUUGCAAGCGAAUUUUAUGAUGGAUGGCCAGAAAUUGAAGAGCUCUUCGGGCGUGAUUUUUAAAAAAAUUAAACCUUAAUUAAUCUGAAUGACAUGCUCCAUAUCACUGAAUCUUUGUUGAAAGGCAAAGGUAAAAUCCAAUUUCCUUGAACAGAAGUUCUUUGCCUAGACCAUAAGGCCUUUUAUUCAGCAUCUUUUCACUUCUGCAUCAAACAAGGCAGGAUUUCUCUUGCCUUUUCUUGCACUACUCCAAUUGAUCUUUAUAGCAGAUCCUUCUCAUUUGCUGGCUGAGGUCAGUACUGCAGAAAAAAUGUACAGUUGUAUUCAAGAGAUUACCCAUAAUGUGUAUGCAUAAACUGAAAUUAAAAUCUUGCAUUUUCUAGUGUACUGCCUUAAUCUUAUUUUAACGCUUUUUUUGUGUAUGUAGUUUCUGCAAGAUUUCUUUAUUUGAAGAAAAAUAAUAUUAUAUAGAUAAUAUUAUCCUGACUUACUAGGGUUAAAAUCACAGCCUGUGCUAAUUUACAAGAUCAGGCUGAUGGAUAACAUUGUCCUCUAGGGGUUACCUUAGAAAGGAGAAAAUUAGUCUUGUGCCUGUGUGUGUCUGAAGAAGUAAUUUGCUAAUUUUGGACUCCAUUUCAGCUUCUGGAGGUAGUUGGUUCUGGUGUCCACUCUUCCACCCUAUCCUUUUCAGUCUGAAUGCCUGUGUUUUGUUUGUUCUGUGGGUGGCAAUUUUAUCAGUAUUAGAUGAUCUCUAAUUUAGUUUUGAAGCUGUUCUUACACUUCUUUAUCCUCCCCUGGUUCAUCUAGACAUUAUUUUCUACCAGUAAGAGCUUCCAUCCCUUCUUCUUGAACCUUUGUGUUUUCUAUAUGUGUCUGUGUCUGACUUUUAUCUAUAUUAUUUAAUUUGUCUGGUUCCACACCUAUCUGAAACAAAGUGAUUCAAAGUGAUUCAGAAGUAAAUUGAUCCAUAAUAAAGGGGAUAAUGCUGGCGCUCUGUCAAGUACUUAAUAGUACAGAAUUGGAUCUACUAUUCUGUGUGUCUGUUCCUUAUAUUUUAUAUCAGGGUAAAACACAGACAAACAGUGCUUUGAGUGUCAGAUGUCAUCAAGACGUACAGCUGUCCUGUCCAGCAUGCACCCUCAUCUGUAUUACUGUGACAUUAUUUUAAUUUCACAGUUUGCAAAUUUGAUAGUUACUUUUUCAAACUCAGUGCAGCUUCAUCCAAGUACUGGACUUGCAGUGCACAUUAUGGCAGAUUACUCUGAAGCUUAAAUUACGUUACAGUUUAGGAUUGCUACAUUUUACUGCACUGAGGAUCCACCUGAAAUGAUAUAGCUUAGAUUAUUAGAUUUUCCUUAAUUUCUUUUAAACUUCCAUGAUUAACAGUUUCUUCUGAACUUUGAAACACUGCUUAGAACAUUCUUAUUGAUAGAGCUGUGUUUACAACUUGAGAAUUGCAUAAAUUGUUUAAUAUUUACCUUGGGAUUUAAAUGUGAUCUGGGAAAUUUAAUUAAUUAAUUAUUUCAGGUUACUAAUGCAAAGUUAGACAAGCGAGAAUUUCAGAUUCCUGACCAGAUCUUUUUUAACUGAUGAUGUCUCUGGCGAAUACUAAGGGGUUGCUAAUGUCAGAAGCAUGGUCUAGAAGCCGAUGUGCUUCUCAUUAAUACAACCCAGUACACAAAAAUAAACAGUUCCUUGAUGUGCUUUAUAAUUUAAAAGUCCUACUUGCAGGAUUAAGCAUUUAGGCUACUUUGUGUUUUGAGGACUGUUGUAAAGCUGGCAACUAAACAUGCACGAGAACAGUAGUUAAAAAAGUCCUCUUACGGAAAUAAACCUCAGCUGUCCCAGCUAUUUGGUCAAUGGAGUUCUGUACAAACUGGCUUUUGCCAGGUAGAAUAUGUAAUGCAGCAUGACUUUAGCAAAGAUUAGAAGUCCUGAGUAUGUGAACUCAACUUGAAACUGCAGCCAGACAUGAGGUACAUCGGGAUUGAUGCAGCUGCUUUUUGCAGACAGUGGCUGAACUGUGGAAAAAAGUGUACUUUGCUGAUGGAUAGGGUUUUUUCAAAAAUUAGUAAAGCUUACUCCUAUUCUUAGAAGGUUAAGCCAGAAUUUUACCACUUCUGCAACUCACCUUAUACCAAUGGAAUUCUUGGUCAUCUGUUUGAGUUGAUAGUUAUCGUGCUGCUCUUCACUGUGUACUCAGUUCACAUGCUAUGCAGUACUGUGCCACUGAGGAUACUGCAGUUCUCUUAAAUUUUUUAUUUAAGAGCUACCUUUUGUGAUCUGAUUCUUGUCUGUACCAUCCUGAAGAGGAAAAAUCUGUGCAUAUAAGCAGGCCAGUUAGGUAGCUCUCUGGAGUUUUAGAGAAACACUAACUCAAGAUACUAUUUCAAGGACAAGGUUGACUAUGGGGUCACUUCGCAGGGGAAAAAGGCACCAACAUUUCUUUUGAAAUGCCUAGAAAUAUCAAAAGAGCAAAUAAAUACUCAGCGAGUCAGAGUUAAAUUUAUAUAUGCACCUGUGAGAUAGCAUGUGCUCCUUUGCAUAUGUUAACUUGCGUGGGAGUUAUCCUUGGAGAAGUUAAAGGCAGGGAGACUGCAGACAUGGUUUUUCUCGGGGAGGUGAAGUUUCAUGACUUUGACCCUGAAAAAUAAGUCUGAAUAUAAUUUCUGCAAUUACAAAAAUGUAAUGCAUAAAUUUAAGAAAUCUGAAGUACUUUCUUCCUGACUCAUUUUGUGUUAAUAUGAAUGCUGUGGAGUUCUUAAGGGAGUAUAUUUAUAUAUUUUAUCUAUGUGUAUUAGGGAUAUAUAUGUAAUAUUUAUAAUAGUAAGAGUAUAUUGUAAUAAAAUAAGUAUAGCAAAAGGGGCUGUAUUUCUAGUUUUCUAACAUGGAACGGGAGGAGAUGUAAAGAAGAGGUUACAAAAGCUAGGGUGAGAGCUCGUUUCCCCGUUUUACUGAUGCACAGUCAGACCAAAGCGCUGUGUAUUUAAUAUUCGUAUGUGUGAGUCAUAUUUAUGUUACACUCAGAAAGACUGUGCCUGUUUUGCAUGAGGUCCCUGCUUAUAGGAGAAAAAAUAAUCAGUGUGUCCUUGUACAGGAUACAAAGAAUGGAGUCAAAACCCUCAAGAAUUCCUCGCAGGAUAUCUGUUCAGGCUUCCAGCUCUUCCCUAGGAUCUAGGACAUUGACUGGAAACAGUUUAGCUGGUGCAUAUAGUGCAAGAGAAUCUUCAUGGAGAUUAGAAUCUGGAUACCAGGAACCCAGUGUAUUGAAUAGUUCCAGUAGAGACUGGGGAAUUGGAGAAAGAGAUACCUGCGAGACUCCUUGGAAGCUUUCGGUGUCCUCUCCAACCCGCUACUCAGGGACACUCGAUCAUCCACGUUCUGGAAGAUUUUUGGGAAGCAGGAGCAGAUUGUCAACAUCUUCUUCCUCUCAUUUUACAUCUGGGUGUUACGGUGAGUCUGAGAGAACUCAGGGAGCAUAUUCAAGACAGCAGCAAGACAGUGAUUCAAAGAGACCUAAGCUAUCUUAUACAUCUACCUCUUCUGUGAGAAGUAAUGGCUUGUCUGCCUUUUCAGAUUCCUCAUGGAGAUGCAGUAGGAUUCCUAGAUCUUCAUCAGUGAUGCGAAGGGAGUUAGAAAGACGAACGGAUCUGUCUGUUAACAAUGUGGUGGAUCCGACCUACAGAAACAGUGACUUUUCACCUUCAACAUAUCUUCAAGACAGGCCUGCCUCUUCCUAUGCAGAGGGAGCAAGACCAAAAGAGAACUCCUUAAGCACUUUGAGGCUGAAUGCGUCCGUGAACCGCCAGUUGCCUUCUGAUCAUCAGCCAUCUUUUUUCAACAGAGACUCUAGUAUGAGCUCUUCAAGAUCCAGCUAUUCUUCGAGACAAAGGAGAAAUGAAUUGGAAUUUCCCCACAGGAGUGUGCAGCCAGCAUUUUCGCUUACUGCCAUUAGAGAUGAAACCCCUUCCUCAAGUGGUUCUGAAAGGGUUUUAUCUUCCCAGAGGUCACUGAAUGAGCCUGCAGCUGACAGUGAAGGGAGGCGCACAACCAGGCAGCUGCUGUCCCGUUUAGCAUCUAGUAUGUCAUCUACAUUUUUCUCUCGAAGGUCGAGCCAAGACCCAUUGCAUACAAGAUCAUUAGGCUCUGAAGAGUCAACGGUGGUCCCAAGAGUUCAGGCUUCUACUCUGUCAAGUAGUAAUGGAGCUGCCACUCCAGAAGUUCCAGGACUUCAGUCAUCUGAAGCUUCUCAGGGGUUUAGUUUUCUUGGACGAAGAUGGGGUUUAUCAGCAGUUUCACAGAAUCGCAACUCUGAUUCAGAUGGGGAAAGCUACAGACCAGACUCUGAAAGUAGGAGCACGGGAUCCUGGUUGUCAUCCUCUUUGAGGAACAGAUGUACACCUCUCUUUUCCAGAAGAAGAAGAGAAGGAAGAGAUGAAUCCGCAAGGAUCUCUACCUCUGAUACAACUGCUAGAUCACAACAUGUCUUUAGAAGGAGAGAGUCAGGUGAGGAGACCUCUCUUGAAGCAUCAGGUAGCCCUCCUCGGGCUUCUGUUAGCAGACCACCAACACCUGCAGUGUCUGGUAUUUCUAGAGCUACUGCCUCCCCACCAGAUUCAGCCCACAGCAGAAGAAGUUCUGGAAUUCUGCCCGGUUCUCUCUUUCGCUUUGCAGUGCCUCCAACAUUAGGAAGCAGUCUAUCUGACAAUCUUAUGAUAACUGUAGAUAUUAUACCCUCUGGCUGGAAUCAGUCUGAUGGACAAGAAAGUGACAAGUCUAAAGUACCGCCUUCAAGAGAUCCAGAAAGACUCCAGAAAAUUAAAGAGAGCCUGCUUUUAGAAGAUUCUGAAGAUGAAGAGGGUGACUUAUGCAGAAUCUGUCAAAUGUCCUCUGCAAGUUCUGACAACCUUUUAAUAGAGCCAUGCAAAUGCACUGGAAGUCUGCAAUAUGUUCACCAGGAGUGCAUGAAAAAAUGGCUGCAGUCCAAGAUUAAUUCAGGUUCUUCUUUGGAAGCAGUGACAACUUGUGAAUUGUGCAAAGAGAAGUUGCAUCUGAAUCUGGAAGACUUUGACAUUCAUGAACUCUAUAGGGCACAUGCAAAUGAACAAGCAGACUAUGAAUUUAUCAGCUCUGGUCUCUACCUUGUAGUGUUGUUACACUUAUGCGAGCAGCGCUUUUCUGAUAUGUUAGGAACUGCCAACGAGGCCAGCACACGUGUCAGACUUCUGAAGAUGAUUCUGAAGACUGAUGCUGGUAGACCUUUCAUACUGCAAGAAACAAAUGGAAUUGCUGCAGAAAUGCUGAACUGGCAAGAACAACAUCAACAUGCAUUUGUUUUAUUCCUCUCCUUAGUAAAAAGUGCAUUGAAUAUCCCUGUAGUUUUUGAAGCGUUGUUGAAUUCAAAAUAAACUGCUGCACAGUGGAACUCUCAGUGGACUUGAGAACUACUCAGCAUGUGUGAGGAUUAGAUACAUAGAAAGCAAUUUCCCAUUUUAAAUUAUGAGGAUGAUGUGCUUUGUUUUGGAGGACAUCAGAUUUUGAAUAUUUAAGGAAGCUUUAUCUCCCUUUGUGUUUCCUUCUUACUGUAGUCAGAUUUCUGGUUUUGUCUUACUGAGCUUUGCUCCUCUGCUGGCACUAAGUGGUUAUAGUGGGUUUCAAGGGGAGGGUGGGGAUGUCCAUGUACUGAAAUAGGUUUUGUUUGGGUGUUCUUAAAUGCCUCUUUUGCCGCAUCAUAUAAUAACUGAUUGCUUCCGUUGUUAAUAAAUGAACAGGAGGAUAAGCAAGAUAUUGUAGAAAUUGUUUGGGUUUUGGUUUAUUUGAAGAUUAUUAUUUAACUCAAAAAGCAAUAAGAACUUGCAGUGGUCUUUUAAUACUUGGUGAUGGCUUUUUUAUGUACCAGUUUGGAAAUUGGAGAUUAUAUUUGAUAUCAUGUGGCUGUUCCAUUAUGGAAUAUUGCAGGUGUAAACUCUUGCAUUUCAGCAUUCCUAGCAGAUAUGCAACUUGAUAAAGACCUGAGGUUGUUCAGUUUAAUCAGAGUUUUUUUAGAUCCCACCUUCACUGUUCAAAGCACUGGUUAUCAAUGUGUUUUCUAGUGUCGUCACUUCUUUAUAAAUAAAGACAAAAGAGGUAUGCAUCUCUACUGGUAUUGUCCAUUUUAUUGAAACAUGGAUAUCUACCAGAACUUACACUUGAAAACAUAGAAAGCUGUAGUCUGUGGUAUAUCUUUACUAAUGUUUAUAAAUUCUUACGCGGAUAUUUAAGAUUGUUUCUGACCAUUUUGGAUUGAAAUGCUUUAUAUGAAUGAUGAUACAAUAAAUUCUCAUACACGUAUUGGAAUUGUAUUUCUUACAAAUUUAUGUUAGUUUUUUAAUUACCACAGUAACAAUGUAUCUGCAACAACUGCAAUAUGUUGAAAUGCCAUGAGUGUAGUUUAUUGUUACAUUAUGAAAAACUAAUUUGUGCAGAGGAAAGGAUGUGCCUUAACAGCUGAAAUGAACUCGUGAUUUUUAACAGUUAACUUUGCUAGUAUUACAUGAGAUGGCCUAUCAUCUGUAAGAUUUGAAAGAAAAUGGAGUGCAAAUGAAAUGGCACGUUUCUGUGCCCAUUCUGGUAACCUUAGGCAUUGGAAUAUUCAGUGCCAACACUUGAAAGUAUUACUCCAGCAAUUAGUUGAAAUGGAGCUCUGGGACAUUUAUCUGAAAAGUGAAGGUCCAGGCAUGUGUGAAAAUGUUUCUCAUUUCUGAAGAAAGUGAAUUGAAGUUUAUAAUAAAAAUGUUCAAUCCUUUCUUAGUUGGUAGAGCUGAAUAAAAUGUCAUACAAUGAAGCAGUCAGUAUUUCAUAUGCACUCAAUACAUUUAGGGUUACAAGGAUGAGUUCUGAUAACCUAAUAAAUUGAUGACUUGAAGGA